AAAUCCGGAUGUGGACCUUGCCAGAGACGGCCCAGACCUACAGGCGUGAAGAAGAAGACCAGGAAAUAACAGCAGGAAUAAUUAAGAAAUGCCCUCGUCGCAGAAGACAUGGUUGUUCUUAGCUGGCUUUAUAUCAAGCAUCGGAUCGUUCGCAAUCAUAUGUACAUGCUUAGGGACUCAGCAAUGGGCUACCAGCAUUGUCCAGUUCACAGGAGUGAAUUAUGGAGGAGAAGCCUACGUCAAACUUGGACUUUUCGUUGUCAGGCGCAAUAAGACUAUCACAAGCGGCACAGGACUACAAACUGAAGAGAGCUCCAAACAAGUGUUUGACCAAUUAAAGGAAACAAACAACGUGAAGAUCGCCCACAUCAUCGUCAUUCUUUUCUGUGUGCUCGCACUUGCUUGCUGUUUUAUGGGAUCACUGACUACCUGCUUGAAUAGUGUCAGCAAUCCUUACAUAACCUUCUUGGGUCCCCAGGGUGUCUAUGUGUGGAGUUCUAUAAACGCGAUCCUUAUACUCCUUGCCAUGAUUGUGUAUGCAGUAAAUAUAGAAGUGAACAAAAUGCCGAAGAGUUUGGUUAAAGCAAUGGACACCACAAAUGAUGAAUUUGGGACUAGUAAGAAUACAUACGGAUACUCAUACUGGCUCCUGCUCCUUAGUAUCUUCCUGAACAUGACCACAAUAGGGAUUAUCUUCUUUUACCAGAAAAUCAGGUAUAGCAAACAGAAAGAACAGGAGAGACCGAUGGAGACUGCAACUAAAGAUUCCAUCUUAUUCUGAGACUGGGACCCCACACUGUGCAAGCUAGUGCUUAUUACGCUGCCACCACCAACCGCUCACAAUAAACCAGCGGGACCUUCUGGGAAAAAAUGCUGCUUCUGUGCUCAUUGAAUACUCUUAUAACACCAUUAUUAUUACAUGGCUGGGAAUGAAGAGG